AUGGGAGAACCCUACUACAUAUACGGUGACCCUGCAUACCAGGCGUCGCCGUGGCUUAUGGCGCCUUUCCGGGGGGUGCUGACCGCCCUAGCAGAGGCAUUCAACCCGGAAAUGAGCGCCGUCAGGGUGUCCGUCGAGUGGGGGUUUGGGCGAGUUGUGGCCUUGUGGUCUUACAUUGAUUACCAAAAGAAGCAGCAAGUAGGUCUAAGCGCGUGUGGCCUUGGGAAGCAGUACAAGGUAGCUGGCAUCCUGACGAACUGCCAAUGCUGCUUCUACCCCAACCAAACGUCGACGUUCUUUGGUGUGCCUCCGCCCUCUCUCCGCGCCUAUCUUGUUGAAAAGGGUUGA